CUGGCACAGCAGCCGCCGCCGGCGUGCGGGCGGGGGUGGGACGAGUGCCCAGGUGCAGGCGCUCCCCCGCGGGCACGGGUUGCACCGCGGCCUCCCGGGUGGGCCUGGCGCGCCGCCGCCGGGGGUCCCCAGGGCGCGCCGCCCUGCGUCUCGGCGCCCCGGAGGGCUGGGCUGGCCCGGUGGCGCUGCGGUGCUCAGAUUCCCUUAUACUGGAGUCUCUUAAAUGAGGAUUGGCCUUCAUGGAAACAGAAAGGAGUAGCAUGUUUAGUGCUUUUUGAAAAUAUACCCCACACACGGAGCAACAAAUCGUUUCAACUUCAAAGCAUCUUAGACUAAGAAACGUUCAACUGUGCUGAAGAACUUAGGAGACAGUUUUUCCUUCCCUCUCAUUUGAAAGGACUUAAAGAGGAAAUAAAAUGGCAGAGGUUUAAAGUUAAUAUUCAGGAUGAAUGAUGGUAAUUCAGAUGACGAGACAGGAGAUGCAGUGCAAUCCUCAUCUAUCAGUGAUAAAAAUGGAAACACAUACGCAUACAACCCCAAAUCACCACCUACACAAAACUCUUCAGCCAAUACUGUGAAUUGGAAUUCUGCCAGCUUGGAUGACAUGGUGGUUGAUUGUGAAACCAACUCUGCUGUGGACAUUGGUGAAUCUGUUUCUUUAAACCCUCAGUGUGUUGAAGUACUUGAUCACCAAAAGUCUUCAAGUGGUUUCGUUAGUAAGGAGAUGUUAGAUAUGCACAAAGAUUCCCCACGGCCGUCUUCUGCACGGGUUGUAGAUGGAGAGGAGCCCAAGUACCCACAUAACAAUUGUCAUUCUCUGGAGUCAUUUCAGGCCCAGAGUAUUGAGACAGCUCUGCCUUUUGUGUGGAGAUCUAAUGAUGAUGAUUUGAACUGUACAGACUACCCUUCUGCCUUGGAGCUAAACCAAACAUUUGACAUGAAAGUGGAUAACAUUAACUGCACCUUUAUCACACAUCAUGCCAUUGGAAACAGUCAGUCUUUGCAUACCACUGGAAGUCUGCAACCAACCUGCGUGAGAAGUGGAAAUACAUCUUUACCCUGUUGCGUUCAUGCAUCUUCCCAUUCUGAUAAGAUACACGUGAGAGGAACAAGUUGUGCUAGAGACAGCUUUGAAAACCCUCAAGCCACAAUAUCAGAGGCCCAAGACAUAGCUUACACAGCCUUUUCUGAUGUGGUGAUGCAAACUGAUGUUCCAGAUAGUGGAAAUUGGUGUCAGUAUUCUUUGGGCAAGGUCACCAGUGAGUACACAGAUGGAUCACAGCAAAGACUAGUUGGAGAAAAAGAGAUACAAGCCCUAACACCAGUUUCUGAUGACAUGGAUGUUCCCAAUGGGUCUGUAUUACAAGAGUUCUUUUGUUUAUCUAAAGAUGAACCAAAUAGUGAGACACAUUCACAGAGCUCAUAUGGGCAAAAGGAAAUGAGCCAAAAUCUAAGAGAAACAGUGUCCAAUUGUCUUAUAGAUGAUGAAUGCCCUUUAUUGGUGCCAGCUUUUGAUACAAGCAAAGCCCAAGUGCUGAACCCAGCACAUAAAGUCACUGUGGCUAAAGACACACAAAUUGCUUCCAGCGAAAAGGAUUUGGGAACUCAAAAUCGUACCAUAGAUUUGAUACUGAGUAGCCCACCAGGGCAAAAAGGGGCUUCAUCAUUUGAACUGACUUGGGAUGCAAAUGAUAUGGUCGUUAGCACAAAUAACACAAUUUGCAUGUCAACACCAGUCCUAGAACCCACAAAUGCAACCUUUUCUAUUUCCCCCAUUGAAGCAACAGAGAAAUGUAGUAAAGUUGAGAGGAGUAAUCGAGAGCUUAGAAAUUUACCAAACUUGAAGGGGGCACCUGUGAACAAGUCUAAAGCUAAUCUAGGAAAAUCAACAGCCAAAACGAAUACCCCUGUAGGCAGCAAAGUUAGAAAAACCGAAAUUAUAAGUUACCCAAGACCAAACUUCAAGAAUGUCAAAGCAAAAGUUAUGUCUAGACCAGUGUUGCAGUCCAAAGACCCUGCUUUAUCAAAGGUCGCACCCAGACCUCAGUCAACCAGUGCCUCGUCACCCUCAUCGGUGUCUUCCUCAAGACAGUUGACAGUUUUGAGCAAAACACCAAGAUCUGACUUGAAUACGGACACAAAAGCAGAAAUCUUAAUUAACAAGACGCAUAAGCAGCAAUUUAAUAAACUCAUUACUAGCCAGGCUGUGCAUGUUACAACUCAUUCUAAAAAUGCUUCACACAAGGUUCCAAGAACAACAUCUGCCAUGAAAUCGAAUCAGGAAGAUGUUGACAAAGUGAGUUCUUCUAAUUCAGCCUGUGAGACUGGGUCCGUGGUUGCGUUUUUCCAGAAGAUCAAAGGUGUACUCCCGGUUAAAAUGGAAAGCACAGAAUGUUUGGAAAUGACAUGUGCUUCCAAUAUCGAUCGGAUUAGCCCUGCAAAGAAGGGUGAAAAAGAAAAUGGGACACCUGUGGAAAAACAAGAGCUGAAAAAGGAAAUUAUGAAUGAGACCUUUGACUAUGGUUCUCUGUUUUUGGGUUCUGCUUCAAAAACUGCAACCACCUCAAGUAGGAAUAUAUCCAAGUCUGACUCCUCCAGUCUGAGGAAAACGCCUGGUCCGAAAGCCAAAGUGGGGCCUUCUGUUUCCUGUUUGAGGCGAAACAGUGACAGUAGAAAUCUUAAUUCUGAUCGAGGCUUAACUCCUCAGAGGAUCAGGCGUGUGUCCACUUCCGGGAAACCUACAUCCUUGAAAACUGCACAGCUGUCUUGGGUGAAUUUGCCUAGACCGCUUCCUAGAUCCAAAGCGUCGUUGAAAAGUUCUGCCCUGCGCAGAACGGGCAGCACCUCCUCCCUGGCCAGCACCCACAGCGAUCUGAGCACUCACAGCAAUAAUCCUGGUAAUGCCACUGUCAUCAAGUAUGAGGAAAACCCUCCAAAACCAGCAUUUCAAAAUGGUUCCUCAGGAUCCUUGUAUCUGAAGCCUCUGGUGCCCAGAACACAUGCACACUUACUCAAAACUCCUCCAAAAGGUCCUUCAAGAAAAAGUCUUUUUACAGCUUUUAAUGCGGUUGAAAAGGGCAGGCAGAAGAGUCCCAGAAGUUUAUGUAUCCAGACACAGACGUCUCCAGAUGCACUGUCCUCUGAAAAAACGCUUGAGCUGGCUCGGUAUAAAACAAAAUGCGAAAACCAAAGUGGAUUUAUCCUGCGGCUCAAGCAGCUGCUUUCCUGCGGUAAUACCAAGUUGGAGGCAUUAACCGUCGUGAUUCAGCACCUACUGUCUGAGCGGGAGGAAGCACUGAAACAGCACAAAACCCUGUCUCAAGAACUUGUUAACCUCCGGGGAGAGCUAGUCACUGCUUCAACCACCUGUGAGAAAUUAGAAAAAGCCAGGAACGAGUUGCAAAUAGCUUAUGAAGGAUUUGUCCAGAAGCUAAACCAGCAGCACCAGACUGAUCUCACAGAGCUGGAGAACCGGCUGAAAGAAUUUUACACCGGGGAGUGUGAAAAGCUUCAGAACAUUUACAUUGAGGAAGCAGAGAAGUACCAAAGCCAGCUGCAAGAGCAGUUUGACAACUUAAAUGCUGCCCACGAAACCUCCAAGUUAGAAAUUGAAGCUAGCCACUCGGAGAAAGUAGAAUUACUGAAGAAGGCCUAUGAGACUUCCCUUUCAGAAAUCAAGAAAAGCCAUGAAAUGGAAAAGAAAUCACUUGAGGAUUUGCUUUAUGAAAAGCAAGAAUCAUUAGAAAAACAAAUCAAUGAUCUGAAGAGUGAAAAUGAUGCUUUAAAUGAAAAGUUGAAAUCAGAAGAAGAAAAAAGAAUAUCAAGAGAGAAAGCCAGUUUAAAAAACCCUCAGAUCAUGUACCUGGAGCAAGAGCUGGAAAGCCUGAAAGCUGUGUUAGAGAUCAAGAAUGAGAAACUGCAUCAACAGGACGUCAAGUUAAUGAAAAUGGAGAAACUGGUGGACAACAACACAGCCCUGCUUGACAAACUGAAGCGAUUCCAGCAGGAGAAUGAGGAAUUAAAAGCUCGGAUGGACAAGCACAUGGCAAUUUCAAGGCAACUAUCCACUGAGCAGGCCGUCUUGCAGGAGUCGCUGGAGAAGGAGUCGAAAGUCAACAAGCGACUCUCCAUGGAGAACGAGGAGCUGCUGUGGAAGCUGCACAACGGGGACCUGUGCAGCCCCAAGAGGUCCCCCACGUCCUCCGCCAUCCCUUUCCAGUCGCCCAGGAGUUCUGGCUCCUUCUCCAGCCCCAGCGUCUCACCCAGAUGACGCUGUCGGAAAGCCGGGAGACUAUCUGGAAGCAUUUCUCCAGGUCUGCAGGUCUGCAGGGCUGACCCAACCAUGACCAUGGGAGCAAGAGCUACAUUAGCUGCCGUGUAAUCACCACCCUAGAACUAGAAAGUCGCCACCCCCAGAAUGGGCUCCUCAUGAGACUGGAACUCUGGAGGACGACGUGACUUGGUCCAAGAGACUCCUCCCCAGAAGAUCUCGGAAUUGGUCUACACGGACGCCGUUGCACAAAGCACUUAGAGAACGAGAACCUUGUUCAUUGCCUUUUUCACCUAAGCAUAAGGGGAAAAACUCUCAGGGGCCUAUUAAGAUAAAGAUUUAUAACCUUUAUAAUGUCCUUCACCACAGACACCUUCUUGUGACUUUUAUUUUGGUCUGACUGGGGAUGUGUGAAUGAGAUGGAUGUAACAGAGUGUCAUGUGUUUGAUGCUGCCUCCUUUGCUGUGUAUUCAGAGUCAAAAGCUGAACAUAUCUGGAUAUGUACCAAUCAAACCAUAGUCGGUGUAUGCAUUUCUGCAAAAGCCAUAGAAGAGCGAGCAAUACUUGCUGGAAUUCUGGGUCUCUACCACCACCUCCGCUCAGCCCUUUGAUAUGGGGGGAGAGGGAAUGGCAGGAAAAGCUUUGAGAUGUCCAUGUCUGUACAUCCUCAGAAUCCUUUUGGAGUAUCUUGGUGGCAGUCUUUCAGUGUUCAGCCAUGUCAGUUGAAACUGGCUAGGAUUUUUUCUGUAGAUUUUUAACUUACCCAUGUGAACCUAACAUUACACUAUGAUCUGUUUUCUCAGGCUAUGAGCAAAUGUAGAACUGUAAUUUUUCUAGAAAUCUGUAUAAAGAAAAAGGGCAGUACCAAUGGAUUACUUCUGCCUUAUGUUUACCUUGAUCUAGGCUAUCCUCACAGAUUUAAACUGUCAUCUUUCCCGUUAUCUCGUCUCUUCCUUUUCCUUCUGCCCCCAUCCAGAGCCACAAAAGCAAACCUUCUACCUCCUACCUACUUUUCUCUGGGACAAGGAAAAAGGAACAUGCUUUUCCAGAGCCAGCUCAUCUUCAAGGUACUGAAUACCACCUACCAAGUAAACCAAGGCCUGGAUCUGAUAUUACAAAUUUUGGGAAACCCUAGAGAGAAUAAAGAAUGGGAGAGAGUCAGUGGCUAACAAAACUAAGAUAGGAUUCAGUGCUUAUUAAAGAAUAGGAGCACCUUGAUUAAACCAUAGAUGCAGUAUUUAAUAGAACAAAACAGUCCGGUCAGAUAAUGCUAAGUUUCCACAUACCCUUUGAGGAGUCUUUCUGUCCUGGGAAGGUGGCAAAAUGGCCAACAAGUGGAAGAUGUGGCUUGUACAACUCUCCUCCAAGUUGCAUUUCGAUUUCUUUUCAAAGCUUAUUACCUCCCCCAAUUCUGAUACUUUGCGGGGAGGUGGAAGGAAGAGCUGUGGCUUUUUCUCCCUCUGCUUGCAUAUGCCAGCAUCGCAGUGUCAGUAUUUACUAACCUGCGUUGCUGACGUUCGACGGCUGUACAGAUAACCCCUAUGGUAAGAACAGAUUCAGGACACUAGAGGUGGAUAUUUGAGUCAUCACUUACAUGUAUACUUCAUAGCAAAUUGAUAUUCAUGACGCAUGUUUUUUUCAAAUUAGUGAUUGUGUCUGCAGUCUUUUACCUCCAAUAGUUUAUUAUGUAUGUAACCUUCCAUGUUUGCUUCUGAUAAAUGGGAACAUAAGUUCACUGCCCCUUCCUGGAAUCUCUCUCUGCUCACCCUUCUAAGUUCUCAAUGUUAUUAGCCAAAGUUAGGUUUGCCAUCCAUCCCCUACGCAUGGUAUAUCUUGUGCUGUUCCCUGCUGUCCUCCGUACCAUUUAGGUGUCUGGGGAAAUCAAUCUGACACAAUUAAUAGAAAAUGUCUUCAGAGAGUGGGAGACAACAGGAGAGAAAAUAGGAAACAAAACUUUAAGAUGUUUUUCAAACCAAAUGUUUUAUGUAUGAUGCAAAAUGUUGGCACGUCAUAAAAAUAUGGAUGUGUAAACAACUGUAGUUGUGCUCAGUUUGUAGUGAUGGAAAGUGUAUUUUACUUUGAUCAAAUAAAUAAUGCUGGAAUAUUCAAUAUAA